GAGACAUGCGUAUACACGGUGAUAUACUUGUAUGCAUGUCCAUUUGACAUGAAACUUUAAGAUAAAGGGGUCACAUAUAAAACAUCGAGGCUCUGAAUCCACAGACCCAAGAGAUCAAUAUUUAUAACACUAGCAUGUGACUAGUCAUAUGAUUUAUCAUUUCUACCAACUACUAUAACUGAUAUGAUGUGUUUAAGGGUUGCUCUGUGCUUUAUUUUGCCAGCUGUAUUGUGCACCAGCUUCUUCAAUCAAACAGAAGUACUAUUCAAGCAAUGGAUGAAAGAGCACAACAAACAAUAUGGGGAUGCGGAAGAAUACAACUACAGAUUAAAGAUAUUUCUGGACAGCAUGAUGAAAGUGGAACAGCAUAAUGUUGGGCAACACACCUAUACUUUGGGAUUGACUCAGUUUUCUGAUUUGACGUUUGAAGAGUUUUCAGCUCAGUACCUCAUUAAUGCACCUCAGCAUUGUUCGGCGACUAAGAAAGGCAGUUAUAGAAGCACAGGGGGAGAAAUACCACGCGCCGUGGAUUGGAGGAAGAAAGGAGUAGUUAGCCCAGUUAAGGAUCAGGGCAAAUGUGGAAGCUGCUGGACGUUCUCCACUACAGGGGCAAUGGAGGCACAUACGGCUAUCAAAUACAACGAUCAUCUCAUCCUUUCAGAACAGCAACUAAUUGAUUGUGCUCAAGACUUUGACAAUCAUGGAUGUGCAGGUGGCUUGCCUUCACACGCUUUUGAGUACAUUCAUUACAAUCCUGGUCUCAUGACAGAAGAUGACUACCCGUAUACGGCAAAGGAAAAGAGGUGUAAGUUCGAAAAAUCUAAAGCAAAGGCUUUUGUUGCUGAUAUCGUCAAUAUAACCCAGGGUAACGAGGAUGAAUUGAGGGAUGCUGUUGCCAACGCCGGACCAGUCAGUAUUGCUUAUCAGGUUGUGGAUGACUUCAGGCUGUACAAGAGUGGCAUCUAUAUGAGUGACAAGUGUAAAGAUGGGCCAAUGGACGUAAACCAUGCAGUACUGGUGGUUGGUUAUGAUGAAAAGAUUGGCAAUGAGGGUAGAUCAAUACCAUACUGGAUUGUCAAAAAUUCAUGGGGAGAGAAAUUUGGCAUGGAUGGUUAUUUCUGGAUGAUCGCAGGCAGGAACAUGUGCGGAAUGGCAGUGUGCAAUUCAUAUCCACUAGUCUCUGAUAAACCAUAG